CUCUCUCCUCUCUCUGUCAGUAUUCCUCCCUACCUGUCUGAACAGGGAGCAGUGGAGCGCUGUGGGGCAGAGGAGAAAGAGAAAGAGUGGAAAUAAAGGGAGAUGAGGCGAGAAGGAGUAGGAACAAAGACAAAUUGAAGGACAAAACAGGAAAGACGUGUAUUGAGAUGAGUGUGGACGAACGGAGGGUUAGAGAGGUGUAGAGAGAAGAGAAGCGUUGGCGUGUGAAGAGGUUGCUCUGUUUUUGUCCUCCGUUGGAAAACAUUUCCCCUGUUGGUGUGGUGUUGGUGUGGUGUUGGCUUGGUAUGGAUGCUAUCAUGCUGCAGGAGAAACUGGUGGAACGCUUGCUUUGCCAUCGAGUCAAAACCUCCAGACAGAAGGUAAAAAAACUGGAACAUGACAGUCGAGAGAGGGAGAGAGAGGAUAGAGGGAGACCUGGGAGAGAGAAAGAGAAGGGAGAGGGGUCAAUGUCACACACACACUCGGAAAUUUCUCAUAAACACACCUUUCUCUCUCUAACAUGUCAUGUUAGUAUGAAGGUGGAUAGAACAUACUAUUGUCUUAAGUCAUGUCCUGAUGGGUUCAUGACAGAUUUAUGGAUAGUUUGAUUGUUCUGUCUGUGGGAUUUGUGUUCCCAAACACACCCUAGAAGUAAAUCAGACGUUUGUAUGAUUACUCAUUGAUUAUGAAACCAGCGCUGUAGAUUUCCGUAUUCUGGGUGUGUGACUUCAGCCCUGGCUCUAUUCCAUGUCAUGUGACUGUGUUUGUUUGUGUGUGUGCAUGUGUUGGAAGUUAAGCCGUGCCCCAGGGGCUGUCGGAAAUGCAUAUGACAGGUUAUGACAACUUAUAAUAGACCCUGACUGAGUAUUUCUUUGGCAUGUGUGUUUGUUUGUUUUAGGUUUAAAAAGGGCCAUUCAGGCCUGGUCAAUACAGCCUCUGUCAGCCUCUGUUGGCUGCCAGACUCUGCGUUGGUAGACUGGCAAGGCUGUGUGUGUGUGUGUGGUGGGGGGGGGGGGGGGGUGGGUGUAUGGAGUCUUCAGUUCUGUAGGGUCUGUGUAAGGAGCAGCUUUGGAUUUUACAUUUACAUUUUAGUCAUUUAGCAGACGCUCUUAUCCAGAGCGACUUACAGUUAGUGAGUGCAUACAUUUUCAUACUGGCCCCCCGUGGGAAACGAACCCACAACCCUGGCGUUGCAAGCGCCAUGCUCUACCAACUGAGCUACAGGGGACCUGGAUGAUGUGUGAAUGGUGUCAGAAGGGGAUGGGGUGGUGGUGUGUAUGGAGUCUUCAGUUCUGUAGGGUCUGUGUAAGGAGCAGCUUUGGAUGAUGUGUGAAUGGUGUCAGAAGGGGAUGGGGAGAGCUGCCAGUAAGACAGCUGUGCGCGCCAUUGUGUAGUGGAAAAGUCAUAGAUCGGUCAUACUUUUCUCUGUCUGUCUGUGUGUGUGGAAAAAGCGCAGCGCCAGGUCUUAGAGAUUCUAAAUGGAAUGUCAUGAAUGCAUUUUCCCCCUUUCCUCCCUCCUAUUGUCAACGUAUUUGUCCAUACUGUAAUUGUAGCAUGGUGGGUUGAGUUGAGUUUGAAUUUCAGCUGUAGUCCCCUGUAGCUCAGUUGGUAGAGCAUGGCGCUUGGCGCUUGCAAUGCCAGGGUUGUGGGUUCGUUUCCACGGGGGGCAAGUAUGAAAAUGUAUGCACUCACUAACUAAGUUACUAAGUCUAAGAACUAAGUCGCUCUGGAUAAGAGCCUCUGCUAAAUUACUAAAAUGUAAAUGUAUUUUAAUUUCAAUGGUAGUUUUGCGCACAUUCAUUCAGCUCUUGGGAAUGUUGCUUUGACUUGAUCUCUGACUGUCUCUCUCUCUCUCUCUCUCUCUCUCUCUCUCUCUCUCUCUCUCUCUCAGGAGAAGCAGUAUGUGGGUUUUGCCACCCUCCCUAACCAGGUGCACAGGAAGUCAGUGAAAAAGGGAUUUGACUUCACCCUCAUGGUCGCCGGUCAGUGAAAGUAUUUAUUGUAGCCUUCUUAAAGAAGUAAAACGACACAGUGCUAUUAAGUACUUAAUGUGUGUUCAUGAAUGUUCACUCUGUGUUAGUGUUGAUGGCCAUGUGUGUCUGUGUGUGUAUGUAUGUACACUACCAUUCAAAAGUUUGGGGUCACUUAGAAAUGUCCUUGUUUUCGAAAGAAAAUCAACUUUUUUUCCAUUAAAAUAACAUCAAAUUGAUCAGAAAUACAGCGUAGACAUUGUUAAUGUUGUAAAUGGCUAUUGCGUCUCACAGGUCCUCACGUUGAGACUGGUGUUUUGCGGGUACUAUUUAAUGAAGCUACCAGUUGAGGACCUGUGAGACGCAAUAGCCAUUUACAACAUUAACAAUGUCUACACUGUAUUUCUGAUCAAUUUGAUGUUAUUUUAAUGGACAAAAAAAAUGCUUUUCUUUCGAAAACAAGGAAUUUCUAAGUGACCCCAAACUUUUGAACGGCAGUGUAUGUAUGUACAGUUGAAGUUGGAAAUGUACAUACACCUUAGCCAAAUACAUUUAAACUCAGUUUUUCACAAUUCCUGACAUUUAAUCCUAGUAAAAAAAUCCCUGUCUUAGGUCAGUUAGGAUCACCACUUUAUUUUAAGAAUGUGAAAUGUCAGAAUAAUAGUAGAGAGAAUGAUUUAUUUCAGCUUUUAUUUCUUUCAUCACAUUCCCAGUGGGUCAGAAGUUUACAUGCACUCCAUUAGUAUUUGGUAGCAUUGCCUUUAAAUUGUUUAACUUGGGUCAAACAUUUCGGGUAGCCUUCCACAAGCUUCCCACAAUAAGUUGGGUGAAUUUUGGCCCAUUCCUCCUGACAGAGCUGGUGUAACUGAGUCAGGUUUGUAGGCCUCCUUGCUCACACACACUUUUUCAGUUCUGCCCACACAUUUUCUAUAGGAUUGAGGUCAGGGCUUUGUGAUGGCCACUCCAAUACCUUGACUUUGUUGUCCUUAAGCCAUUUUGCCACAGCUUUGGAAGUAUGCUUGGGGUCAUUGUCCAUUUGGAAGACCCAUUUGCGACCAAGUUUUAACUUCCUGACUGAUGUCUUGAGAUGUUGCUUCAAUAUAUCCACAUAAUUUUCCUUCCUCAUGAUGCCAUCUAUUUUGUGAAGUGCACCAGUCCCUCCUGCAGCAAAGCAGCCCCACAGCAUGAUGCUGCCACCCCUGUGCUUCACGGUUGGGAUGGUGUUCUUCGGCUUGCAAGCAACCCCCUUUUCCUCUAAAUGUAACAAUGGUCAUUAUGGCCAAACAGUUCUAUUUUUGUUUCAUCAGACCAGAGGACAUUUCUCCAAAAAGUUUUGGAGCAGUGGCUUCUUCCUUGCUGAGCGGCCUUUCAGGUUAUGUCGAUAUAGGACUUGUUUUACUGUGGAUAUAGAUACUUUUGUACCUGUUUCCUCCAGCAUCUUCACAAGGUCCUUUGCUGUUGUUCUGAGAUUGAUUUACACUUUUCACCACGUUCAUCUCUAGGAGACCGAACGCGUCUCCUUCCUGAGCGGUAUGACGGCUGCGUGGUCCCAUGGUGUUUAUACUUGCGAACUAUUGUUUGUACAGCUGAACGUGGUACCUUCAGGCGUUUGGAAAUUGCUCCCAAGGAUGAACCAGACUUGUGGAGGUCUACAAAUUUUUUUCUGAGGUCUUGGCUGAUUUCUUUUGAUUUUCCCAUGAUGUCAAGUAAAGAGGCACUGAGUUUGAAGGUAGGCCUUGAAAUGCAUCCACAGGUACACCUCCAAUUGACUCAAAUGAUGUCAAUUAGCCUAUCAGAAGCUUCUAAAGCCAUGACAUCCUUUUCUGGAAUUUUCCAAGCUGUUUAAAGGCACAGUCAACUUAGUGUAUGUAAACUUCAGACCCACUGGAAUUGUGAUACAGUGAAUUAUAAGUGAAAUAAUUUGUCUGUAAACAAUUGUUGGAAAAAUUACUUGUGUCAUGCACAAAGUAGAUGUCCUAACCAACUUGCCAAAACUAUAGUUUGUUAACAAAAAAUGUGUGGAGUGGUUGAAAAACGUGUUUUAAUGACUCCAACCUAUGUGUAUGUAAACUUCCGACUUCAACUGUAUAUCAUGUUACAGGGGAGUCUGGUAUGGGUAAAUCUACUCUGGUCAACAGCCUGUUCCUCACAGACCUGUACAAGGACAGGAAACUACUCAAUGCUGAGGGUGAGUAACACACACGCAUUCGUGCGCACACACACACACCUCCAAAUGUCAACAACAGCAAAAAAAAAUGCCAUCUCAUCAGAGGUUCUCUUCCCUCCAUCCCUACCUCUCGCCUUCCCUUUCUCAGAGCGUAUCAACCAGACAGUUGAGAUCAUUAAGCACACGGUGGACAUUGAGGAGAAAGGAGUGAAGCUGAAGCUGACCAUUGUAGACACACCAGGCUUUGGAGACGCUGUCAACAACAAUGAAUGGUGAGAUAACUCUAGUCCUCAACUAAUCCUGUCCUAGCCCUGCCAUGAUCCUACAAACUCUUUAACAUUUUACUGCAGUGGGCUAAAUCAGGGUCAUACAGUGAUUCUUGGUAGUCUUAAACAAAUCUACUUUGAAACAAAAGUAUACACCUCACACACAUGGUUAUGGGCUUUAAAAAAAGAAGACACCUGUACCAUGUCAGAUAUAGAGUUGAAAUGUAUUCAAUUUUGAGUUUGCAUCCCAAUAUUACACUUUAUAAACUGGGUGGUUCGAGCCCUGAAUGCUGAUUGGUAUACCACGGGUAUGACCAAAGAAAAAUGUUUUACUGUUCUAAUUACGUUGGUUACCAGUUUAUAAAAGCAAAAAGGCACCUCAGGGGUUUGUGGUAUAUGGCCAGUAUACCACAGCUAGGCACUCUGCGUUGCAUCGUGCAUAAGAACAGCCCUUAGACGUGAUAUUUUAGCCAUAUACCACACCUCCUCUGGCCUUAUUGCUUAACUAUAUACAUUACAGAAGACUGAACUGUAACAAAACCAUUUGACAUAGAAACACCGGAUUUUCGGCGGGUUUUUUGAAAUUAUGUUUGUUAAUAACAUUCCAGCAUGAGGCCACUAGAGGGCGAUUUGGUAAUUUGACUGCAGGAAAGGGGUACGGCUUCUGUAUGGGUUAGUAGAUUGACCUAAAAUAGGAAUGAUGGCGGCAAUGAUCUUGUAUGUUGUUCCUGUAAGCCUUGACUGAUUGUGACGUGUGUGUUUGUGUGUGAGUGUAGCUGGAAGCCCAUCACAGACUACAUUGACCAGCAGUUUGAGCAGUACUUCAGAGAUGAGAGUGGACUGAACAGGAAGAACAUCCAGGACAACAGAGUCCACUGCUGCCUCUACUUCAUACCUCCUUUUGGACAUGGGUAACACACACACACACACACACACACACAGAGAGGAAUGUGAUGGGGUAGUGACAGGUAUAGCUGUGAUGACUAGAUCGUAAUAAAACGUCCUGAAUGUGAUGACAGGAGGAGCAUAUACCUGUAAGAUACUAUGUAAACAGCACCAGUACAACUCAACCAGCAAACCCUGUUAUUAUUCUCCACCUUACUCAUAGUCAGAGUGCGCUUUCCUCCAUGGAAUGCACACACACUGACCAGGUCCGUCUCCUUCUAUCCCUUGUAGACUGCGUCCAGUAGAUGUUGAGUUUAUGAAGGCUCUCCAUGAGAAGGUGAAUGUAGUUCCUCUCAUAGCCAAGGCUGACUGUCUCACUCCCAACGAGAUCAAGAAACUCAAAGACAGGGUGAGUCCAUCAGAGCAGACAGACUGCAACUACUGAAGCAGGUGUCACAUUAUGAUGGUAAGGUUGGCUGCAGGAACGUUGGGAAGUUAGUCAUUUUCAUUUGUUUAGGUAAGCGCAACUCCCUCAGAACCUCGGCGCUCCCCUCCAAACAAUGUCUCACCCAGUGCAAUGUGGCGUGUGUGUGUGUGUAGGUCCGUGAGGAGAUCGAGAGGUUUGGCAUUAAGGUAUACCAGUUCCCAGAGUGUGACUCUGAUGAGGACGAGGAGUUUAAACAACUGGACAAAGAGCUGAAGGUGAGACACACAGCUGGAGCCUGAACAUCAAUAAGAAAUGUACAAGUGGAACGAGACCACUAAACUCAACCAUCCCUUGUCAAUCUAUCAUGCCAAAUCGUGUGUGUGUGUAGGAGUGCUGUCCGUUUGCGGUGAUUGGCAGUAACACUGUGGUUGAGGCCAGGGGCCAGAGAGUGAGAGGGAGACUUUACCCAUGGGGCAUUGUGGAAGGUGGGUGACAACAAUGGAGGACGCAACAAUAUUACUCAGGGCUUUGACUCUUAAGUUGCGUGGUAGAACAUGCUUUUCCUCACAUAUGACAAUUUUGAAGGAAAUAUUACUACAACUCAAACUAUGAAAAACAAUUUUAAAAUACCCAACCAAUGCAUUAUGAUUAGGCUCAGGAGUUUUCUUGCUCAGAUCACUUGGUCAAGCAGAAAUCCACGUCCCUAAUAGGACUCAGUGCUGGUGGAUACAACAGAAGGAAUGUUUUAUCUCAGCAAAUCAUCUCAUUGUAAUAUGAUCCAGUCUGUCUGUUUGUUUGUGUUUCAGUGGAGAACCAGUCUCACUGUGACUUUGUGAAGCUGAGGAACAUAUUGAUCCGCUCCCACAUGCACGACCUCAAAGACGUGACCUGUGAUGUGCACUAUGAGAACUACAGAGCGCAGUGUAUACAGGACAUGACCAGGUGUGUGUGUGCGUGUGUGCACGGCUGUGUGUGUGUUUAUACUGUAGAGGUCAGAGAGAAUGCAAGAGAAAGUAUGAGUUGCUUGGUUUAUUGCUGAUGUUGAUUUUUAUCUUUAGUUUUGUUUAUUAAUAUUGCAUGCCCUUGUGUAUGAGUCUGUAUUCAUGUUACCUGUUUGUUUUCCCCUCAGUAAAAUGACGCAAGACAACCGAAUGGAGAGCCCGAUCCCCAUCUUGCCCCUGCCCACCCCCGAUGUGGAGACCGAUAGACUCAUCAAGAUGAAAGAUGAAGAGGUAAACUGAUAUGUAAUUAUGGGUAACAUCACCCAUACAGGCUAGUCUCCAGUUUAUAGAAAGAUGUCAUUACCACUCAAUCUUUCUAUCUCUAUCUCUCGCUCUCUAUCUCACUCUCGCUCCAGUUGGCGAGGAUGCAGGAGAUGCUGAAUAAGAUGCAGCAGCAUAUCCAUGAUGGGAAGGACUAGUGAGCCUCCUCUGCGGCAGACCCGGGCUACAGCCCCAUCUGCUGGCCAGCCACUGAACUACAUCCACAACUUCAGACGAACAAAUGCAAACAAUACCAUACAUACCAACAUGUUACUUACUGAUAUAAUCAGCAUUGUGUUUGGGGGGGGAAACAGUAGCUGUAUAUUCAUUGGUCAUUUUUUUUUUUUUGU